AAACGGUAUAUUCCACGAAUAGCCUUUUAGGGUUCUUGUAGGGUAUGGGGAUCGCCAAGAAGAUAGAUCUCGCGAUCGGCGUUCUCGGCGUGCUUCUCCUCGCGCAUGCGGCGCAUUCCACGAUCCAGUAUCGCGCGGCUCUCAAGAUCAAGGAGGAAGAAUUUUCUCGCGUUUCAUUCCAGAUUUUGGUCGAAGUUUUGGUGAGCUCGGCGCUGUGCCUCUGGGCAGCGCUUUCGGUUCCUGGUACAUUCCUGGAGAUUCUUCCAGACUCGAAACACGACAGGAUCUUGCAGCUUCCGGAAAACCUUGACUUCAUGAUCUUCAAUCACCGAGGGAAGCUCUUCCCACCAAAGCUGGAUGUAAAUUAAAUCGGUAAACCACUACUGCCACCUUUUGUC